UUGAAUGUGAUGGGAUAACAUCAUAAAGAAACAGUGAAUAAUCAGUGACAUUACUUUAACAUGACACCGCCUGUGAAGGUCGCGCUUGAGAACAUUUGGUAUAAGUUGGUCGUUGUCGCUAUCACGUCACACUUUGCCUAUAUAAAGCCUUUUCGGGGUCAACUCUUCCCCAUACUACAGCUACCACUGGUAAGUUGCUUAAUUUAUAACUGUAUAUCCGAGCGUAGUUUAUCAAACGAAAAUAAAUAAAGACAAAGUAAAUGUUUUAGAACAAACACCACAUCAUCCACCUUUACUAGAGUAUUCAAGAUUGGUUCGAAUUAACAUUUUUGUUUACUUUUGAAUGAAUUUUGAUAUUGAAAUAAUUUCUUUCUCUCGCAGAUCUACAGCCUGUCAUCCAAGGAUUCGUCAUGAAGUUGGCUCUUUUUCUCGUUAUCGCACUCCCCCUGGUGAUAUCAGCACCACAGAAAAAGGCUCUCGAACUUAAUCCCUUUUUAAACAGCAUCCUGAAUAUUUUUCACGCAAAUGAACUCAAAACACUAGUUACGGAUUUAGUACAACAACUUGGAUCUAACGAGAGGGAGGCGGAAUGUGAAAAGGAAUGUAACCAUCUUGUAGACACUCAGUUUAAUGGUACCGUCAAUAUCCUGACACACCAAGUUUGUCCUAUCUGUUGUCAUUCGUUACAGGAACUAGUCCACUAUUUCCACAUUCCAACUACGGCCCCAGGCAGCGCAUCUGCUUAGAACAAGACAAUAUGACCUUAUACGGAAUAUAAUAGUAUACCCUUAGUAUAAUGACAUGGCUUUGUAUUUCUACGUCUUUACUUUUUUGUUGUUCAAUUUUAAAUAAAGAUGUACAAUUAGUUGUA